AAUUUUUAUGCGUCCUGCUGGUUCGGCCUUUUGUUUGGGUGGAACCAGCUGUUUCUGUGGAGCCAGCUGUUUCUAUUUGGGAACUUUUACGCAGUGAUUCAGCGACCUGCUUGUGUUGUCUUUGGUAACUCGCACAACAACAGUUUAGCGCCGUGACUCAUUGGCAGGAGGGUUUUCCGCAUAUUCCAGCAUCGUUGCCAUUCCUCGGACUGGACGGGCUGCUUUCUUGAACGCAUAUGUCAGAGCUGAGGGAGGGAGGAAGACGCAGACAGGAACUGGUCGCACAGAGGCUACACGGCUGGAUAAACGAAACCGGCGGGGAUCAGGGGUUGAAUCUGUUGUGUGUUUGUAAAUCUCACAGGACUCUGCAUGGAGCCCACAAAUCUACAGAAAGCUAUUGCUGUAGCACAGAAGGCCUCACAGGAGGACCAGGCUGGGAACUAUGAAGAAGCCAUCCGCUCCUACCAACAUGCUGUCAAGUACUUUCUGCACAUUUUGAAACGGGAGCCGCAGGGGAAAGAUGGCAACCAGAAGAUUCGAGAUAAAUGUAAACAGUACCUGGACAGAGUGGAAGAACUACAGGAGUACCUAGUGAAUAAAGAGAAAGCCAUUGAUCUUGCCAGCAAGGCGGCUCAGGAGGAUAAAGCUCAGAACUACGAGGAGGCUCUGCGCCUAUACCAAGCUGCUGUUCAGUACUUCCUUCAUGUGGUAAAAUAUGAAGCCCAGGGCGACAAAGCGAAACAGAGCAUCAGGGCGAAAUGUGCCGAGUACUUGGACAGAGCAGAGAAGCUGAAGGAGUAUCUAAAGAAGAAAGAGAAAGCUCCCCCGGCCAAGCCUGUCAAAGAGUCACAGUCAGAUGACAAAGGGAAUGAAAGUGAUGAGGGUGAUGAUCCAGAGAAAAAGAAAUUCCAAAAUCAACUCUCAGGUGCAAUUGUUAUGGAAAAACCAAAUAUCAAAUGGAAUGAUGUUGCUGGUUUAGAGGGAGCCAAGGAGGCACUCAAAGAAGCUGUUAUUCUUCCAAUCAAAUUCCCUCACCUGUUCACAGGAAAGAGAACUCCAUGGAGGGGGAUCCUGCUCUUCGGGCCUCCAGGUACAGGAAAAUCCUACCUGGCUAAAGCUGUUGCCACAGAGGCAAACAACUCAGUCUUCUUCUCGAUCUCCUCGUCUGACCUUGUCUCCAAAUGGCUGGGAGAGAGUGAAAAGUUGGUGAAGAAUCUUUUCAGCCUUGCAAGGGAGAAUAAGCCAUCUAUCAUCUUCAUUGAUGAGAUCGACUCCCUGUGUGGCUCAAGAAGCGAGAACGAAAGCGAAGCUGCUCGACGUAUUAAGACAGAGUUCCUGGUUCAGAUGCAGGGUGUGGGGAAUGACAAUGAGGGAGUGCUGGUCCUGGGGGCAACAAACAUCCCAUGGACUCUCGACUCUGCCAUCAGAAGAAGAUUUGAGAAGAGGAUCUACAUCCCGCUGCCUGAGGAGCACGCCCGCUCCUUCAUGUUCAAGCUCCAUCUGGGCUCCACAGACAACAGUCUCACCGAGUCGGACUUUGUCAGUCUGGGCAGGAAGACGGACGGAUACUCAGGAGCAGAUAUCAGCAUUAUUGUUAGAGACGCUCUAAUGCAGCCUGUUCGAAAGGUCCAGUCAGCAACUCAUUUCAAACGGGUACGAGGUCCAUCAAGAACCGACCCCAACACUACUAUAGAUGACCUCUUGACUCCCUGCUCACCUGGCGAUCCCAACGCAAUUGAAAUGACUUGGAUGGAGGUCCCUGGGGAGAAGCUAUUGGAACCUGUAGUAUGCAUGGGAGACAUGCUGAGAUCUCUGUCCAACACAAAGCCAACAGUUAACGAACAGGAUCUGGAGAAACUGAAAAAAUUCACAGAGGACUUUGGGCAGGAAGGCUAGGUUGGGUGAUUGAGCUGAGUCAAGCCAAACCAAAGCAAAUGAAUUGUGAUUGUGUUCCUUUACUGUCCUUGUCGCUUUUUCGCUCUCUGUCUCAUCCUAACCAUUCAAUGGGCCCCGUGAGUUAUCUAAGUGGGGAAGAUUAUUGCUCUAUCUUGCCAAACUGAGAACUACACAAAGGGUGGAAGACCUAUUUUUAUUUGAUAUCACAAUUCUCCAAAGAAAAAAAAAAACUUCCCACCCACAGCUGACUUGAAUAAAAACCCCUUUAAAAAGCCCAACAAACUAAAGGUGUUGAUGAGCAGAUUAGAGAAAGUAACAGCAGACAUACACAAUACUUGCAAGUAAUACUUUAGAAAUCAAGAUCAUUUAAGAUAAAAAAAAAAAUGCUCUUUUGUCCUGAAAUACACCUUACACAUUAUGUAUUUUUUCUUAAGAAAACAACAAGCAGUUUAUAGCAUAUACUGUACUUUGAGGAAUGUCUAAUUCUUCGGCAGUGUGUUGAAGCAGAGCAUGAGUCCAAUUUAUUGUGGUGAGAUAUGUCAUUGACUCAAGGUGGUGGACAUUUUAGAGUUUGGAGACUGAGAUUCUCAGGAUGAGUGCUUCAUUAGGCCCUUUGGCAAUUUUGGAUUGUUUUGCCAUUUUCCAAACAAAUGACAGUUGUGUGCGUUUACUCAUUUCUUAUUUGAAUCAAACACGGCUGUUAGGGUGGAUCACCAGUGGUGCCGGACCAGCAUUAUUGUCCCAUUUCUCUGGAACUAAAUAGCUUUGAAUUGCUUUGUCACUCGGCUCUUGUUUUUGUUUUGUUUGUUUGUAUUUUUUUUCCCCCACAACCUACUGUAUAUAUUUUCCAUCCCUAUCCACAGGCUUUGCUGAUCAUCCUUAAUCAAAACUGCAAAAAAAAACAAAAAACAACUAAGCCUUCAAUUAAGAUAAAGUCACAUUGCGAAUUAUGAUAAAACAAGACUUGGGUUGUUGAAGCAGGACACUGAUGGCUCAGGUAGAGAGAUCAUCAUCUUGUGUAUUUUUCAACAUAGGAAUGCAUCUCCAAGCAUGAACUAUAAGUAGCCAUAAGUGGCAGUGUGCACCAUGUGCCUUCUAGAAAAGCUGCAACUUUUGUUUUUUUGUAUUGGUUUAUCUCUAAAUUAGUCAUACUGCUCAUAUAUCAAGCGCAGUGUCACUACAACUAAGAAAUGUAUAGUACUUGUAAGUUUCAUGUAAGCUCUUUCAAAGAUUGUCUACAUCAGUACUCGGUUGCUCUUGAGAUGUGCAAAGUGUCUCUUAUGAGUUUUUGAUGGUUAACAUUUCUCAUUUUGCUGUAAAUGUCUAUACAUACAUACAUAUAGCCAACUCUUGAGCCUUUUCUUUGUAAAGAGGUCACCCAUGCAUACAAUACUGUUUUUCAUUUCCAGUGUAAAUAAAAGUUAAAGCUAAGUAAAAAAAAAAAAAAAAA